GGAACCACAAGAGUUGAUCUCCAGUUUUCAGGCCAUGGGAAACAAGCCAUAUUUGCUUUGCCUUUCGAUUCAUGCAAUCUUUGCUUUACAGCAUUUCGUUUUUAGUGAUGCAGUAAAGAGUCCUGUCCGGAGGCCCCUCAGUGAGCGACAUGGGAAAUGGGUGCUAUUGCGGAAUAAUACUGGGGUGGUCGCCAUGCACAUGGCGUUAACACAUGAAAAUACUGUUAUUAUCUUCGAUCAAACCGCUGCAGGCCCUUCUCAAUACCGGCUUCAUCAACGGUAUAACGGAAGUCAAUGUAGUACUCGUUCUCGUAAUGAUUUGAAAGAUGGGACGUGUUAUGCUCAUUCAGUUGAAUACGAAAUUCACCGUAAUAACCUACGGCCGCUUAGGCUUGUCUCUGAUCCCUGGUGUUCUUCGGGUUCUUUUCUCGGCAAUGGCACACUGAUGCAGAUUGGUGGCCAUGGUCGUGGUUCUAAAAGGGUUAGAUAUUUCAGACCUUGUGAUAAUCAUCAAUGCAACUGGCAACAAUCGACGAGAUCGUUGUCGGAUAGUCGAUGGUAUGCUUCGAAUCAAUUAUUGCCUCAACAUGAUCGAGUUAUUGUUGUUGGUGGAAGGAAUGCUCGCAGUUAUGAAUUUGUGCCUAAAUUGCAUUGCCAGGACAAAUCUUUUAAUCUUCCAUUUUUGCAUGACACUAAUGACGCCCAUGGUGGUGGAAACAACCUCUAUCCUUUCCUCCAUCUUUCUUCCGAUGGUAACCUCUUCAUCUUCGCCAACCGUGAUUCUAUCCUUUUCAAUUAUCGAAGAAACCGUGUGAUCAAAUCCUUUCCGAGGAUUCCAGGUGGUGGUUCAAGAAAUUAUCCGAGUUCAGGGUCAUCAGUGAUUCUCCCAUUAGAUCACAGAGAUAAUUUCCAAAAAGUAGAAGUUAUGGUAUGCGGCGGUGCAGCGUCAGGAGCUUAUGAAGCGGCCGAAGAAGGGAGAUUCCUCCGGGCGUUGAACUCCUGUGGGAGAAUGGUGAUCACAGGGAACAUUCAUAAGUGGAGUAUGGAAAACAUGCCUGGACCUCGUACCAUGCAUGAUAUGCUGAUCCUUCCUACUGGCCAUAUAUUGAUCAUCAAUGGCGCUAAACGUGGUUGCGCUGGAUGGCAGAAUGCGGUGACGCCAUCGCUCGAGCCAUAUCUUUACAAUCCGAAGAAAGCGGUCGGCGAAAGAUUUACGGUCCUAAAAGCAACCAAGAUUGCCAGAAUGUAUCAUUCGUCGGCCCUUCUUUUACCGAACGGAAGAGUCUUGGUUGCUGGCGGCAACCCUAAUAAUAAAUACACUUUCAGCGAAGUUGCUUACCCGACGGAGCUAAGAUUACAGGCGUUCGUCCCUGAUUAUAUGGACCGUCAAUUCGAUCACUUGAGGCCUAGGAAUCUGACGGUAGAGUACGGGGGGAAUUCUUCCGGUGUCGCAUAUGGGAAACAGUUUACAGUUCACUUCUUGCUCGGAAGAAGGCCGGGUAAAGAUGUGGAAUAUAGCGUUUACGCGCCGCCGUUCACGACGCAUUCGAAUUCAAUGAAUCAAAGGUUGCUGAAACUGAGAUGCCAGCGGAUGACGAGGGAUGGUGGUGGUUUGAUGAGUGCUGUUUUGGAGGGUCCUCCGUCACCGAAUGUUGCACCACCUGGUUACUAUUUGCUUACCGUUGUUAAUGCAGGCAUUCCUAGCUUAUCAAAAUGGAUUACAUUCACCAAUGCUUGAUCUUUCUUGCAAUUUGUCUUCAUUAUUGAAAAUAAAUGUUUCUAAUUUCUUGAAUAAAAUGUAA